GCUUGUUGUUAAUGCGUACAGUUCACAAAUACUUAUAGUAUAGUUUGUUAAUUUGAUUGAACAAUAGAGAUUUAUUUGUUUAUUUGGUUAAUACUAUCUAUAUAUUUAGGUGUGGCACUGGAAGGUCAGUAAUAUCCCGACCAAAAGAGCUUCAAGCGAAGAAAAAGCUAAAAAAGUUGUCUUCAGUCAAGAAAAAUGCAUGCAUUGGGCCCUCUAUUGUUCCCAAACUCUGGGUGGGCGCCAACGGGAGAGUGCGAGAGCUACAAACUCGUCGGAGAUAGCCAUAACAACGACACAUUUCUUGAUUUUCCGGUACCGAAGACGUAUGGAGUGGUCCAUCAUCAGACCAGCUUAGGGGUUCCUGUUUUGUCGGAGGGAAAUGGAUUAAACAACAAUUCUGUCGUGAUCAAGAAGCUUAACCACAAUGCCAAAGAGCGUAACCGUCGCCAGAAAGCUAACUCUUUGUUCUCAUCUCUUCGUUCAUGCCUUCCGAGAUCAGAUCAGUCGAAGAAGCUAAGUAAUCCUGAGACCGUUUCUCGGAGCGUGCAGUACAUACCAGAUCUGCAAGAGGAAGUGAAGAAGCUAAUACAAAAGAAGGAAGACCUCUUAGUGCGAGUAUCGGAUCAAAGAGAACGUUACGUUAAGCCGCAACCAAAGAUGGCUGCUAGUUAUUUCUCCACCGUUUUUGCGACUAACCUUAUAGAAAACGAAGUGACGAUCCAAAUCUCAUCGUCCAAGAUUCAUAAUUUUUCGAUAUGUAAUGUGUUGAGUGGUCUAGAAGAAGAUGGGUUUGUUAUCUUGGAUGUUUCAUCUUCGAGUUCUCAAGGAGAACGACUCUUCUACACUUUGCAUCUUCAAAUAGAGAAGAUUGAUAAUUACAAGCUAAUUUGCGAAGAUUUAAGUCAAAGGGUUUUGUACUUGUAUGAGAAAUGUGGAAAUUUGUUUAAAUGA